CUCAAAUCCGGCGCCUGAUUCCCCGUCGCAAUAUCCACCCGGUUCUCACGCAUCCACUUCCAAUUCUCCGCAUCCAGCUCCGGCCACUCGCUAGCAAACUUCGCGCCUCCAUCCCCGGCCUUGAUAUUCCCCUUCUGUCCAGCCUUGCCAGUGAUAUCCUUGUGUGUUCCCCCACCCGUCGAGUUCCACCAGCGGGAGCGCUGCGCUGCCCACCGACGCUCGGCUUCGGUACCGCCAACGCUGCCGGUUGUCAUCUCCUCGCUGGUCAUGAAUGAUAAGAGCCCGAUCAGGAUCGUGCUUACUUCCCAGGCGGGGUUGAAGGAUUUGGGGUGGAAGUCGGAGAUCGAGAGGCAGAGGCGCGUGGAGGGUUGGAAGCGUCCGGAGGGGGUGUGCAUUCGGAUGGCGGGGGGUGCGAAGGGGUAGUUGGUGGGGAAGAUGAGGGUUCCCCAGUAUUGGCCGUUGUGGUAGGGUGUGUCUGGUGGGCCGGUGAGGAUGUAAUGCCAUCUGAGGAGGAAAGGGAUUAGUAUGUGAAGGCUUGAUGGAGGGGAGGAGGGGAGUGAAGAGGGGAUGUACUCAAGAAUGUUUGAUUCCGAGGGGUGAGCGACGAUGAAUGGUGGGGGAUUGGCAGAUAUGGUUUUGUAUUCCCGGGUUAACUAGUCAAUCAAUUAGUAUUCUGUGCCACUAUUCGCAUAUUUGGAAGUCCUUACCCGGUUGUUGGCUGCUCGACUGGCCAUCUCCGUUUGUAGCCCAAGGCUGAAGAUCUGGAAAUGCGGGAAGAGAGGAGUUUAUUAUUUAGAUGUUGAAGGUUUCUAUGCGUGUAGAUGUAUCCAGUAUGUAGUCGAGAUGUUUCUUGUCGAAGGAAUUGGAAUUGUUGAAUUGUAGUUUUGAUGGAGGUCGAAGUUGUCGUGUGCUGUUUGUGUGGUUGUCUGUUCUUUCUUUGCUUGUGACGUUCAAUGCGAUGCGGCCGCCGGCCAGUUCGUUUCCCAAGGCUGAGAUCACGUGUGCUCGGGUUCUUCAGCCGAGCUGCCCUCGGGACAAAACAAAACAAACACCACGUCAAUUCGGAAGUCAAUACUGACAAGAUGGCCAAUCCUGCGGACUCGGGAGACGAUCUCUUCGAGAGUCUCCGAAAACAGGAUCCCAAGGCAGAGGAGAAAGCCAGACUGGUGGCAGAGAGAGAAGCUGCCCAGAAUGCAAAGGCACAGCAGAGAUUGAUGGAGUUGAUUGCCAGCAAUUCCUCACUCCCAGUCACUGUCUCCUCCAUCCGAGUCAUUGGGUUGAAUCAUACCCGCCGCUCGUUCCUCGACCGAAUCUUUGAUCCGCUACUCAGCGCGAAUAGAGAUGCUCCAUAUACAUUAGCUGAAGCUCUACAAGAAGUUGGGACAGCGGCAGACAAGCUACGACGAUUUGAAAUCUUCCACCCAUCCCUACACACCUUUAUCGAUCGCCCCUCGCCCAUCGAUCCGUCAAGUACACCUACAGAUAUCGACAUAUACCUCAAGGCUGAAGAGCGGAGUAGGAUAACUCUCAAGACAGGCACGGAUCUUGGAAAUGUGGAGGGCUCAGCAUAUGGAAACCUCACAUGGAGGAAUAUCUUCGGCGGCGCAGAGUCUCUCAACCUCAACGCCUCAGCUGGAACACGAACUCGGUCCGCGUACCAAGCCAUAUUCGAGACCCCCUUCCUCAGCGACCCAGACAAGAGAUUCACAAUCGAUGCCCUUCAGAGCAGCACGUUAAAGCCAUGGUGUAGUCACGAGGAAGCCCUGAAAGGCAUGGGCUUGAAAUACAGCUGGGCUACAGAAUCCGGAACAAGACAUCAAGUAGGCUAUACAGGCGUCUGGCGCCAAAUCACUGGUCUGGCAGCAAAUGCUAGCCCUACGGUGCGCCAUGACGCAGGAGAUAGCGUCAAGAGCAGCAUAUCUCACACCUGGCUGUCCGACCAACGCAACCACCCCUUCCUCCCCACCAAAGGCUACCUCCUCAAAACUGUGUCUGAAAUAGCUGGCUGGGGCCCCCUCCAAGGCGACAUCGCUUUCUGGAAGUCAGAGCUCGAAACUUCCGCCGCACUCGCUGUACCUAUUCCAGGAAUCAAAGGCGACAGCGGCGUCUCCCUCACAGGCGGCUUCAGAGCAGGCAUGCUGUAUCCUCUCCCCGUCGGAUUCGGAUCCACUUCCCAACCCAGCAGAAUUAACGACCGUUUUCAACUCGGCGGCCCAACUGAUGUCCGCGGGUUCAAGAUCUCUGGCCUCGGCCCGAGAGACGGCCCUGAUGCGGUCGGAGGCGAUAUUUACGCUGCUGGGUCCGCUAAUCUCCUCGUCCCAUUCCCGAGAGUGGGCAAGGACUCACCGUUACGAUUGCAAUUCUUUGCAAAUGCGGGCCGGUUGCUGGCGUUGAGGGAAUCGGGCGAUCAGGGGAGCAAGAGUACGCAGAAGAGCGUGUAUGGGACUGCGGCGCAGCUGUUCGAUGGGGCACCGAGUCUGGCGGCUGGUGUCGGGGUUGUGUAUGCGCAUCCUGUGGCGAGGUUCGAGAUGAAUUUUAGCUUGCCGUUGAUUUUGAGGAGGGGCGAGGAAGGGAGGAAGGGCUUGCAGUUUGGGGUUGGGAUUAAUUUCCUAUGACUUGGUGGCGGGGAUUGGAUCGGAUGGAGAACAUGUACAUAUGUAAGUUUAGAGCAGCUGUACUAUACCUGUGUGUGCCAGAUGAGAUGAUAAGACCCAACUUCAGAUCCAAACUCCCCGCUCAGCUUGCCUGCACUCGAAUAUCCAGGUAAUCCAUCAAGGUAGCUGGUCCACCAUUCCUUGUCGCCGAAUCAUCUUCCUUUGUCCUGAUGUACUGCCGCACCCGCGAUUUCGAGCCAAGUCAUUCGUCAUUUUAGCCUCAUGUAGCUCACAAGGUCCUCUUGACACACCUCCCAAUCUCUAAGAUAUAUAUCUCCCUCUCUCCCUCCCUCUCUAACACCUCGUCUCUUCACCUGCUCUUCUCCUUAGAAGCUCGCUAGUGUACUCCAACCACCGCCAACCCUCCUCCCUUUUCUUUCAAAUCUCCACCUCAUUCACUUACAGUCUUGAACCUUUUGGUCUUCGGACCCCGGACCCAAACCAAGAGAAGAGUAUAAAAGCAUCACGCAGCAUCGCAUGGCAUAGAGAUACGCCAAACAUCACGUGUGGAAUGAUAUCAAAGGACGAGGGUUCGGUUUGGAACGACUGGGCGCGUGAUGCUAUCUCUUCGAUAUUCCUCCCAUUACUCCUGCGAGAGGAUUAUGAGCGGUCAUUGAUGACUACUAGGGAUUCGCAAGUUUUCAGACUUCCCACGAUGGCACACUGAACAACAUACCACCUCCAGAUCCAGACAAUCCGACCUUCCUAGAGAAGAAAUCCCGAUUACGCACCCAAGAACUAUACUGCUAUGCUAUAAAAAGCUGGGGAAACGAAUCUAGAACUC